GUUGACAAUCUCCAGUCAUGCCCUCUACGUUGGUGUUGGGCUCUGCGUUGUUCCUCGUAGCAUGGGUCAUAAUCCGCCUGAGCAAACUGGGCUCCAGAGAGCCUAGUCUUCCCCCCGGUCCGCCUACCAUUCCACUCUUGGGGAACAUGCUGGAUUUCCCUAAGUCUAGGGUCCAUCUCAAAUUCACGGAAUGGGCAAGACAAUAUGGUGAUCUCUUCUCGCUUAAGAUUGGUAACAGCACCAUUGUCGUGGUGUCCAGUGCGAAGAUGCUUCGCGAAUGUAUGGACUCUCGAGGUGCAACCAUGUCGGAUCGUCCCCACGUCUACGUUGCAGAACUUGUGAACGGCGGUCUAGACAUGCCUUGGUCACAUUAUGGUCCAACCUGGCGUAACCUGCGACGAGCUUCUCACGAUAUGCUUACGAAGAGUGCUUGUGAUAAACACUUACCCAUUCAACGCGCGGAGGCUACUCAACUCAUGGCUGACUUCUUGGAUACACCAGACCGCUUCUACACACACAUUUUCCGCUACUCGGCAUCUGUUAUCCUUUCAGUAGUGUUCGGCGUUCACUGUGCUUCGUUCGAGGGCAGCUUCAUUGAAGAAUUUCAUAAGAGUCAGCGCAAUUGGGAUAACCUGUUGCGACCUGGUGCAUCACCACCUGUUGAAGUCUUCCCGAUCCUCAAGUAUAUCCCGCGAAGAUACGCUCCUUGGAAGGAUAAGUGCGACCUUGUACGACAAGGUCAAACAGCCGUUUGGAGAGGUCUGUUGACGGAGUGCAUCGAAAGAAUGAACAACGGCAAACGAAACGAGGCCUUCCUCGAAUACGUCAUUGACCACAAGGAGAAGUAUAACCUUGACGAGACCCUCAUCGGGUACCUUGGUUUCGCUUUGAUCGAAGCUGGCGUGGAUACCACGUCGAUCUUCUUACAGUUCUUUGUACAACUCAUGAGUCUACACCCAGACGUCAGACAAAGGGCUCAAAAGGAGAUUGACGACGUAGUUGGCUCUAACAGGACCCCUACCAUGGAUGACUUAGAGCACCUGCCUUUCGUAAAGGCCAUCAUUAACGAGGUUAACCGCUAUCGUCCGUUUGCACCCACUGGUGUGCCUCAUGCAAGCACAGCGGACGAACACGUCGGCCAAUACGUCGUACCUAAGGGAGCUACGGUAUUCAUGAACAUGUGGGGGAUUUUCCGCGACGAAGAGGUGUUCGAGAACCCUGAAGAGUUCAACCCUGACCGCUACAUGAAGUCAAAGUUCGGGACGAAGCCUGGGGCUGAUACUACAGGGUUCCGUGAGGAUAUCAUUUUCGGAAGUGGAAGGCGUAUCUGUCCUGGAAUGCAUCUGGCAUCAAACUCGAUUGCGUUGAACGUGAUGAACCUUCUCUGGGCUUUCGACUUCAACCACGCAAAGGACCCCCUCAACGGGCAACCGAUCCCGAUCGAUCCAAAUGCUUUCAGUGAUGGAAUCGUAUUGUCUCCAGAACCAUUCAAGUGUGACAUCCGUCCUCGGAGCCAGGCGAAGGCUGAGCUCAUACGGAAGGAGUUGACGGACGCAAAGUCUGUAUUCGAGCAGUUCGAACCAGCCAAGUCCAAAGUUUAGCCAAACGACCCUGUAUUCCGUUUGCUUGAGGUGUAGAUUAGCGUUAUAAUAGAGUUGAAGACGCCAUAACUCAGAGGUC